CAUCGCAAAGCUCCAACAGAAAAGAAAGGUUGGGGGGAGGUUGGGUAUUGGAUGAGAACCUUGCAUCUGUGAGUGAAGGCGAGAGAGAAUAUGAUCAGCCUCUUCCGCAGAGUGAAGACGAGCCUUUCCAAAGUACGCGGAUUCGAUAGAAGGUCCCUCGAAUUGCAUCUCGCCGGAGAAUCCCUAGACUCCUCUGCAUCUCCAUCUCUCAUCCAUGGAAUUCACGUCUUCCAGUGUCCCGAUGCGCUAGGUAUCGUCUCUAAGUUAUCGGAAAGCAUAGCCUCAAAUGGAGGAAAUAUACUCGGGGCUGAUAUCUUUGUUCCCGAGAAGAAGCAAGUCUUCUAUUCCAGAAGUGAGUUUGUCUUCAAUCCUGCCAAAUGGCCUCGAGUGAGAAUGGAAGAGGAAUUCCAAAAGCUGGCAAGGAUGUUUAAUGCAAUGAGAUCAGUUGUUCGAGUGCCUUCUCUUGAUCCCAAAUAUAGGAUUGCAGUUCUUGCUUCCAAACAGGACCAUUGUCUGGUGGAUUUGUUGCAUGGAUGGCAGGAUGGGAAGCUACCAGUAGAAAUAAUUUGUGUGAUAAGUAACCAUGAAAGAGGCCCAAAUACCCACGUGGCACGAUUUUUAGAACGCCAUGCUAUCCCAUAUCAUUCUUUGGAAACAAUUAAAGCUGAUAAGAGAGAGGCAGAGAUCCUGGAUUUGGUUAAAGAUACAGAUUUUCUAGUACUUGCUAGAUACAUGCAGGUUUUAUCAGCAGAUUUUUUAAAAAGCUAUGGAAAGGAUGUAAUUAAUAUUCAUCAUGGCCUUUUGCCAUCUUUCAAGGGUGGGAAUCCAUCCAAACAGGCAUUUGAAGCUGGUGUGAAGCUAAUAGGAGCAACAAGUCAUUUUGUAACUGAAGAGCUUGAUGGAGGACCUAUUAUUGAACAAAUGGUUGAGAGAGUUUCACACAGAGACAACCUACAGAGCUUUAUAUUGAAAUCGGAAAACCUAGAGAAACAGUGUCUUGCCAAAGCAAUAAAAUCAUACUGUGAGUUACGUGUACUGCCUUAUGAAGAAAACAGAACUGUUGUAUUCUGAGGUCAAUUUAUUUGAACAUUUUCAAUAUGCAGACAUUUCUAAUUGUUUAAAAACUUCCUAUGAUGCUUAAAUCAUAGAAUUUACUACAUUGAAACUUGGGAUAGGAGAAAUAACUAUUAUAACACAAGAUGUUUCAUUACAGUAAAGAAAUGCAGAUUCUGUUUGAGGGUUUUAUUCCUUUCAUAAAUAAAUUUCUUGGUCAUUUGAAAGACA